AUUUGUAUAAAAAUCAAUUAUUUUUUAUUUGAAAAUUUCAUUCUGCUUGUAUCGAAUAAACUUUGACUUAAACAAUCAUGAAAUUCUUUUUCACUUUAGCUUUAUUCUGUACAUUGGCUAUCAGUCAAGUUUAUUGUAAUGGUGCCGCUAUUGUAUCGGCUGCACGAUCACAAAUUGGUGUACCAUAUUCAUGGGGUGGUGGUGGUAUUCACGGAAAAUCACGUGGAAUAGGUGAAGGUGCCAAUACAGUUGGUUUUGAUUGUUCUGGCUUGGCACAAUAUUCUGUUUAUCAAGGUACACAUAAAGUAUUGGCACGUGUUGCUUCUGGACAAUAUUCCGAUCCAAAAUGUCAUCAUGUUGCAUAUGGUAGUCAUCAACCAGGUGAUUUAGUAUUUUUCGGUAAUCCUAUUCAUCAUGUUGGUAUUGUUUCGGCACAUGGUCGUAUGAUUAAUGCACCACAUACCGGUACAAAUGUACGAGAAGAAAAUAUCUGGAGUGAUCAUAUUGCUAAUGUUGCACGAUGUUGGUAAAUUGAUUUCAAAUCGUAUUGAUCGUAUCUGAAACAACAGAUGGCAGCACGAUGUUCAAAAAAAAAAAAAUCAUAAAAUGAUUUUUCAAUUUUUUUUUUCAUUUUUUUCAUUAAUCCUCCAAAUGAAAAUCAAAUAAAUUUCAAAAUAAGAUUUUUGUAAAAAA